AUGACGGAUGAAGUAAAGUAUAUUACUAAAGGUGGCCUAUGUAGAUUACGCAAGGGUGCAGUUCCAACUAAGGAUCUACCCGUUUUUAGCACGGAAGAGAAGAGUGAUGAUUUAAGUCAAGAGCAAAAUCAACCUCAGCCGGAAGCCUCAGGUUGUGAGAUGGACAAAAAUGUUAAUCUAAGCGCUUCAAUGACACCUUUAUCUUCAGAACUAGAUUCUAUUUUCGAUUCACCUAAAAAGGCUUCACUACGGAGACAACUAAGAAAAAAGAUCUUGUUGCAACAAAAACACAUAACAAAGAAAAAUAUGAUGCAAUCACAUUUCGAUGGCUCAUAA